AUGUCUGACACGAAACCUGAAAAGCAGGAAGUAAAAAGGAGGCGACAGAAGCAGCCGGGAAGACUAUACGUGAAGGCGAUUUUCACUGGAUAUCGCAGAGGUUUGAGGAAUCAACACGAAAACACAGCGCUCCUCAAGAUCGAUGGCGUAAACACCAAGGAUGAGACAGAAUUCUACUUGGGAAAACGCUGUGCUUAUAUCUAUCGCGCAGAAAAGAAAAAGCAGUUUCCCCGCCGUCAGAAGCCCACGAAGGUCCGUGUUGUGUGGGGAAAAGUAAUCAAACCCCAUGGCCGCAGUGGCGCCGUUCGCGCACAUUUUAAGCGCAACCUCCCAGCAAAAGCAAUGGGUCAUCGCAUCCGCGUUAUGCUCUACCCUUCGCGCGUGUAA